UGGGGGAAAUAAAGCUUCGUCGAUCACGUGAUUAAUUUGUCGUAAAAUCUCGGUCAAUUCCGUGGUACUUCCCGCCAGAAAUGCAUUAAACUGUUUUUGGAUUAUAUAUUUUGUCAACAUCUCACGCGAUGCCUGGUGCAAGACCCACACGCAAGGCGAAGGAAAAUGCCAGAGAAGUUGCCCUUGCUGUUGCUAACAAUGGGAAGAUUCCAAGAAAAAGAUUACAACCAAUUGCUGAACAGGAAAUUGUUCCUGUUAUCCCCUCAAAUAUGCCAUCAGGUCUUCCUCAAGGGCUACCUCAAGCAAUACCGCAAGGAAUUCCAUCUACAAUCCCCCAUGAUUUCCAGCAAGUCAUUGCUCAUGAUAUCUCACAGACAAUUCCUCUAAGUAUUCCACAAGUCAUACCACAACCAGUACCACCAGUACCUCAAGAAUCCAAUGAGACUUUAGAUGUACCACCAGAACUGUCCAUAGCUGCUCAAGAAAAUGAUUCAGACAGUGAUUAUGAGGAAGGAAAAAUCAAAGGCAAAAGAAAAGGAAGAAAUGAAGCACCAUCUGCAAAAAGAAGACGAGGAGGAACUGGUGGGCAGCAAUCUAACAAGAAAGGAGCUGCUGCUAUGAGCAACAUGGAGGAAGAGCCUAAAGAUGGGUCUUUAUUUGAUAUUGUUCGGUAUGGACGUGUCUCUCUACAGUCUCUUAUAGAUGAUUGGAUUGAAGCCUACAAAAACGACCGCGAUGCAGCUUUACUUGAACUCAUUCAGUUCUUUAUACAAUGUUCCGGUUGUAAGGGUAAGAUUACACCUUACAUGUAUUCUAAUAUGGAACAUGCUGAAAUUAUCAGGAAAAUGACUGAAGAAUUUGAUGAGGAAAGUGGAGAUUACCCGUUGAUUAUGACGGGACCACAGUGGAAAAAGUUUAAAACAAACUAUUGUGAAUUCGUUCAGACGUUAGUUCGUCAGUGUCAGUACAGCAUCAUAUAUGAUCAAUAUAUGAUGGAUAAUGUUAUUUCCCUGUUAACUGGUCUUACUGAUUCUCAAGUGCGAGCUUUCAGACAUACAAGUACACUAGCAGCCAUGAAAUUAAUGACAGCGUUGGUAGAUGUUGCUUUAAAUCUCAGCAUUAAUCUUGACAACACACAACGUCAGUAUGAAUCUGAAAGACAAAAAAAUCAGAACAAGCGAGCUACUGAAAGACUUGACCUGUUAAUGACCAAACGACAAGAGCUUGAAGAAAACCAAGAAGAGAUAAGAAACAUGCUGACUUAUAUAUUCAAGGGUGUAUUUGUACAUAGAUACAGGGACACCCAGCCAGAAAUAAGAGCAAUAUGUUCAUCAGAGAUCGGGGUGUGGAUGCGAAAGUACCCUUACAUGUUUCUUGAUGAUAGCUACUUGAAGUAUGUUGGUUGGACAUUGCAUGACAAGGUGGGUGAUGUGCGUUUAUGUUGUUUGAAGGCACUUCAACCUCUCUAUGAUACCAGGGAUCUGGCACCCAAAUUAGAACUCUUCACCAACAGGUUCAAGGAUCGAAUUGUGGAAAUGACACUUGACAAAGAAUAUGAGGUCGCUGUCCAGGCUGUUAAACUGGUGAUUAGCAUUUUAAGAUAUAAUGAGUCAGUAUUAACUGACAAGGACUGUGAAAACGUUUAUGAGUUGGUUUACUCUUCCCAUAGACAAGUAGCUCAAGCUGCUGGGGAGUUUUUGAAUGCUAAACUUUUCCAAAAGGAUGAUGAAAGUCUACGUUGCCUCAAAAUUAGCAAAGGCAAGCGUCGCAGUCCUAAUACUCCUCUGAUCAGAGAUUUGGUGCAGUUUUUCAUUGAAAGUGAGCUUCAUGAACAUGGUGCUUAUUUGGUGGAUAGUCUUUGGGACAUCAAUGACAUGAUGAAAGAUUGGGAAUGUAUGACUGAUUUACUUUUGGAGGAUACAGGGAAAGAUGAAGAAUCUCUUGAUGAUCGCCGUGAAACAAGUCUUAUAGAAAUAAUGGUAUGUUGUGUGAAGCAAGCAGCGACAGGAGAAUCUCCUGUUGGUCGUGGACCUAACAGAAAGCUUACUGCAAAAGAGAAUAAACUGGUACUUGAAGAUAAAACUAAACUUACAGAACAUUUCAUUCAAACAUUGCCACUGAUGUUAUUAAAAUAUUUAAUGGACUCAGAGAAAGUUGCUAAUCUUCUACAAAUUCCACAAUAUUUUGAUUUGGAUAUCUAUACAUCUAGCCGCCAAGAAAAGAACCUUGAAGCAUUAUUAAGAUACCUACAUGAAAUUGUUGAAAAACACACAGAUUCUGAAGUCCUAGAAGCAGCAUCUAAAUGCUAUGAGUGUUUGUGCAGUGAAGAAUAUGCUAUUGGAGGAAAAUGUGAUGUGGCUAAAAAAACUUUGGUUGAUAAUCUUGUUUCUAAAUUUAAAGAAUCUAUGCAAGAUUUUUUUGCUGAAGGUGAACAACCUGAUGAAGACGAAACUUUUGCUUUGCUUGCUAGUUUGAAGCGAAUAUAUGCUUUUUAUUGUUGCCAUGAUCUGAAUACCUGGGAACUUUGGGAUGAUGUUUUUCAUAUUGUCAAAACAGCGAAUGAAAAUAAUGCUAUUCCUGAAGAGGUUAUAUGUAAGGCAAUUUCAACCUGCUCAAUGGCAAUUAUGUGGUGGUUACAGAAACUCGAUGAAAACAACCCUGACAAGGAAAAUAUCCGAGUGUUGAAGCGCCGUUUAAUAGAUCUGAUGAGAUAUUGUAAUGAACUAAUCUUCCAUUCCCAGGACAAAGUUAGUGAAGAGGCUUAUAUAACUAUCUGUGAUUUGCUGAUCGUUUUCAGCAAGCAUCUUGGAGAGAAUGCUUUACUAAAAGCUCUCAUCUAUGAACCAGAUAAGAGCCUUCAGGCUCAGCUCUGUGGUUUUCUUUCAGAUAAAGUAUUUGUGGAAGAUGAUGAUGAGGAAAUGGAUGAAAAUGUGAAGAUUGAAGAACUCCAUAAAAAACGGAAUUUUCUGGCAGCUUUUUGCAAGCUUGUUGUUUAUAAUAUAACUAGUAUACGCACUGCAGCUGAUAUGUUUAAACAUUAUAUGAAGUUUUACAAUGAUUAUGGAGAUAUUAUCAAAGCAACCUUAAGUAAAGCAAGAGAAAUUAAUAAAGUGGCGACUGCAAAAACUUUGGCUUUCAGCCUUACACAGUUAUUCAAAGAAGUUCAGGCGGAGCAACCAGUCAUUGAUCGAUCCUCAGAUAGCUUUCAAGCCAUUAAAGAAUUGGCGCGCAGAUUCUCUUUAUCAUUUGGUCUUGAUCAAGUUAAAAACCGUGAAGCUGUAGCUGCUAUGCACAAAGAAGGAAUCCUCUUCAGUUUAACUCCUGUUUCUAAUGCAGCUGAUCCAAAAGGAAUGCCACCAAAUUUGUCAUUUUUAGAAAUUCUUUGUGAAUUUACCAACAAGUUAAUGAAACAAGAUAAAAAGACUGUAUUAAACUAUCUGGACAAACAUCUUCCCAUGGGUGUUCCUACUGAUCGCUCAGACAAUGAGUCCCAACCAUUGAUUGCCUACCGUAAUAGUCUGGUACAGGGAGAACAUGAAAUUCAUCCUAUAACACUGAGACAGGCUACACAAAAGCGAUAUGGAACCAAACGGAAAACUGAUACUGCGUCUGGAGAUGAGACCAUGGAUGCAGCUGCAUUAGCAAAAGAGGCAAGCAACCGUGCUGCUGCAGCUGCUGCUGCCUCGGCUGUCAUAGCAGCAGCACAGGCAUCCACUACUUUAUCUACACCUCAUUUACCUGUGCCACCUACUCCGAAACGUAGGAAACUUGAAGAGGAUGCUGACAAUACAAAUAAUACAACUCGUGAAACAGAAAGAGGUUCUGAAGACGAUUUCCAGGAUUCAAUGUCUGAUGUCACUCAGCUUUCCCAGAUGAAUUGGUUGGAUUCUUCAAAGCAAUCAGACCUACAACAAAGAAUUGAAACCUCUAACUACAGUCAUUUACGACCACCAAACAUGUCAAGUCUUGAAAAUGUAUCUGAAGAAGGGGAAAGCCACAUGAAUGAGUUUGACAAUUCUGAUGUUGUGUCAGCCAGAGGUCGAGCCCAUCAUCCUGUCAUGCAAGGAGGACUUUUUGAAGAAGAUGCACCUCCUAUUGAAGAUCCAUCAAUUUAAACAACAUUCACUAUAGAAUGAAAGCAAAGAUCAAGAGAAAGAAUGAGUGACGAGGGAAGAGAGAGAGAGAGAGGAAUAAGAUGAAACAAAUGGAUUAGGAGAGCCAGCAUGAAUGUACAAUAUUGAAGGGGAAGUCAACAUAUAUAAAGGGAAUAUGAACAGUAAACAGCUUUAUUACAUGAGACAUGAAGUGAGAGAUGUGUACGAAAUAAUAUGAAUGACCAGUAGUAGAGAAAUAUCAGAAAGACUGAGAAAGAAAUAUGAAAACAUGAACAAAGAACAGUUGCAUAAUUCGAGCAAUGUUUAGAAAUGAGGACAAUGUGAUAGAUGAUUUGGUAUCUUCAUGCUACAGUAGACUGAGCAAGAUUUUCUUGUAACUUUUUAUCAAUGAACUUAUCCUUUCUCUUUCUCUGCUGCAAAAACAUUUAAUAUAUACAUUAAAAAAAUGUUAUAAAUCUUCAAAUUAAAAGUAAAUAAAUAUAAAAUGUGGAGUUUUCAUGGAUCCCACUAGUUAUUAGAAUAAUUUAAAGCUAUCCUAUUGAAAAUGUUGCCAAAAAAAAAAAAAAGAAUGCCAUAGUAAAUAAGAACUAAAUGGAGUAGCACGAAACAGUUUACAUAUAUCUAUAAAUUUAACAUGCAAGAUUAUAUUUACAAAAAAAAACGUUUAAUGUAGCAUUUAUUUAAAUUUUUUGUUUGUCACAAAGUAGGUGGCAGAUUGGUGGAAACAUUUUAAUAAGAACCCAACAACUUGAAAACCUAGCUAUACUCAUGAUUUCUAUGGUGAUACUGUGUGGACUAAGAUCCUCUUUGACAGGUCACUAGUAUGUCUUCAGAGCAACUUAAUUUAAGCCAACUAAGUUGGAUAGUCAAAGGUUGCAAUAUUGGUUAACAGAGAUAUACUGUUUAUAGGAGACAUGAUAUUUGAAAUCAGUAGGUGAUGUUACAACCUUUCAUAUCAUCUAUAUAUCUGAUGAAGCAUAACGAUAAUAAAAGACAACUACUGCAACAAAAGGCAUUCCAGGUUUGAGCUUAAACGAGCAUGUUCAAUAUAGAUAUAUAUUGCUUUAUUUUAAUCUGAGUAGAUCUAUAAAUAUUAAAAUGUUACAGCUAUGACUAUCCUAUCUUAUCUUCAGAUAAUAUAUUCAAGACUAUUACCCAAAUUGGAUCGUUCUUUUUUAAGCUGGCUAGGUGUUGUUUGAGGUAACUUGGCUGCUUUUUCUAGCAGACUGAGUUAUCAUAUACAGGCACCAUUGCAAUCCAAAUGUGUGUGAUGUGUGAAAAUAUAUCAUUGAGUACAAUCACAGAAAUAUUCUGAUCAAAAUAUAGGUAAAUAAUUUGCAUUUUAUCAAGGAUACAGAAAUGUAAAAUUUUUGUUUCAUAAUGUGAAGACU